GGUAAUAAAGACAGGGGUUUUAGCAGUGGGUGGGGGAUUUGGUAUUAGAGUAACUUUGACAGAUAAGGCUGUUUUGCUUUUAAAAAAAGGCCAAAGAGAAAAAUGUGUGAUGUAGGUGGAGUUUGUGUAGAUAAGGGGAGGGUGAGAAAAGAGAGGUGAAUAUGUUCAGAGAAGUGUGAGGGAGUGUUGGUUCUACAGAAGAGAGAGACAGACAGAGCUGCAGAGGCAGUGACAAAGAAGGGAAGUGUGAUAAUCAGCCUGGGAAAUGACUGUGUGAACUAUUUGUUUUUCCGCUCAGAGGCCUGUGGUGUUCUUGAACAGAAAUGAAUGGGGAUGGCAGCAAACAGCAUUAUGUGUCAACCUUCAGGAUGCACAUCAAGCCCCCCCGUGCAUCGCCUGCACCAGGGAAUGGCCUGGGAACUAUUGACAGCAGGAACGCAGACAAAUGUACUGUCACAGGGUCUCUUAACCAUUCCGCUCGUAAACUUCUGGAUCCGCCUGUCUUCAUAGAGCCGCUGCAGGACUGCUGCGUGGACGAAGGAAAUGACAUCACACUGCGAGGGGCUCUCACUGGAAGUCAGCCUAUUCAAGUGUCGUGGUUGCACAAUGGUGAAGUGGCCCGCUUUGGAAAACCUUCCUUCAAUGGUAAGGAGAUGAGUUUUGUGGUGCGAGAGUGUUUGCCUGAAGAUGCUGGUGCCUACACAUGCUUGGCAGAAAACAGUGCAGGGAAGACUUCCUGCUGUGCUGCUGUGUAUGUCAGAGACUUUGAAACUAUCUGCGGCUCGCCAAGUCGUGUCUCAAAUAUCCAAACUUCUGCAUCCAAGAGCAUUGUGCCAAACGGAAGGUCACCACAGUCUCCCAACCACAAGCAACAGAAGACCAGAGGAUCUAUUUGCUCUUCCACUUCAGGGUCUGAUAAGCUCAGCCCGGUCUCCAGUCCAAGAGAAGUCAUCCCGAAGAAGAGAGCCAACUCAGCGACAGGUCCAGCAUUACAUUUUGAAAAUCCUCCUCAACACCUCAAGGUGAAGGUGGGACAAACUGCCAGAGUGACGUGUUUCUUCACUGGAAGUCCUCCUGUAGUGUCGUGCUGGAUCAGAAACAAAGAUCAGAUAGUGGAUGGUCCAGAGCUGUGGUCAGAAAACACAGAUCGGAGCAGUACACUGGUCAUAGCAGAGGCUAACCCGCAGUACACAGGCCGCUACAUUCUUGUAGUGAAGGACCGCAAGAGCUCAGCACAACACAUAGUCGCUCUUUCUGUCAUAGAGCCCCCUCAGCCUCCGGCCUCCUGUCCCGUGAUCUCCCUCAUCUCUGCCAGCAGUCUUGUGCUCUCCUGGUCCGGCCCUUGCUACGACGGCGGCAGUGCUGUCCUAGGUUAUGUGGUUGAAAUAAAGAACCAAGGACGUGUUGAUUCUGGGGAUUGGGCAGAGCUCACCGGCCAGUGUAAGAGUACCUCAUACAGAGUUUACUCGGGGCUGCAGCCUCAACAGGAAUACUGUUUCAGAGUGAGGGCCUACAACGCUGUGGGAGUCAGUGAGCCAGGCCCAGUGUCACCACUGGUUAGGAUGGAGCAGAAUGACAAACCACAAGAUCAAAAAAACCCAGAAGCGUACUUCUGCGUCACUGUUGACUCUUCACACAAAGUCACAGAUCAUUACAGUCUGCAGGAGAAACUGGGAAUGGGAAAGUUCGGCCUGGUGUUCAAGUUAACCCACAAGGAAACAGGACGUGUGUAUGCGGGGAAGUUCUACAAAGGUCGACGCGCCAAGGAGAGGGAGGCCGCUCGUAAGGAGAUAGAGCUGAUGAACUACCUCCACCACCCCAAACUGGUGCAGUGUCUCGCAGCAUACGACCACAAGCCUGAGAUGGUCAUGGUCAUGGAGUUUAUCGCAGGCGGGGAACUGUUUGAACGCAUUGUGGACGACAGUUUUGUGCACACUGAGCUUGCUAGUGUGCGCUACAUGCAGCAGAUCCUGGAGGGGAUUGCCUUCAUGCAUCAGCAGAACAUUGUCCACCUGGACAUCAAACCUGAAAACAUUGUAUGUGUUGACACCACUGGCACCUCCAUAAAGAUCAUUGACUUCGGAUUAGCCUGCAGGCUUGAAGGGGACACACCACUGAAGGUGAUGCAUGGGACUCCCGAGUUUGUGGCACCUGAAGUGAUCAACUAUGAGCCUGUGUGUUUGACCACUGACAUGUGGAGCAUAGGAGUAAUCUGCUACAUAUUACUCAGUGGUGAGUCUCCAUUCCAAGGUAACAACGACGUGGAGACCCUCUCAUUGGUCACAGCUGCCCAGUGGGAGUUUGACGAGGAGAGCUUUGAUGAGAUUACAGAGGAGGCAAAAAACUUCAUCAGCUCGCUGCUCAGCAAGGACACCAGGCGGAGGAUGACAUGUGAGGAAGCACUUGCACACCCCUGGAUGGCAUUUGACUCUGGAGCUGUUGCCACCACCAAGAGCCUGUCCAAGGAGAAGAUGAAGAGGUUUCUAGCCAGGCAGAAGUGGAAGAAAGCAGGGAAAGCCUUGUUAGCACUGAAGAGAAUGGCUCUGCUGUCUAAAGGUGACAGCUCUGUCUCACCUACCAGCCCUGGAGAAGAUUUACCCCUGAGCCCAGAGGCGGAGCAUGCCCUGCAGUCUCUUGAGCGCAAGAUGCAGGGGCCACCUAAGUUCACCCAGAGCCUGGAGGACCUUACAGUAGCUCAGGGAUCCCGUGCCCGUCUCUCCUGUCACCUCACAGGGUACCCGGACCCAGAGGUGGUGUGGCUGUGUGGUAAAGAGCCUGUGGAGGAGUCACCCUCAGUGCAGAUAGAGUAUGAAGAAGAUGGCCGCUGCACACUGGUCUUAGACAAAGUGGCCCCAGAGGACAGUGAUGUUUACACCUGCAGAGCCACCAAUGACCACGGGGAGACGUUGUGCUCAGCUAAACUUAUUGUAAAAAAGUAGAUAAGGAAGGAGAGACAGAAUGUAGAAACACAACAUUCUCAAGAGUGCCUUCAACUGUUUUAUUGUAGAAUAUUGUAUUAAAAAUGAGGACCGAACUGUGCAUCCUGUACUAUAGCUGGAAACAAUACUUGUAUUAUUGUACAAAAUGUAUGAACAGAUGAAUAUUGUUACAGAGCUACAAGCAUAUAUAAAAGUUGGUAUUUCUUCAUUGGACUUAGAUGUGUGGACUGUUUAAACCUGUUUUUUUCAGCUAAAACCAAGAUUAUCUUUUACUUUGCCUCAUGGGUAAAUAUUUCAAAUAUUUUAUUUCAAACUUAUACUGGAAUAUGACUUUAAAAAAUCCUUUGUCAAAAGCAAACAGGCCUGAACUCGCAUUACAACCUUACUUGUGACUACUGAUAUACUUUAAGGUAUAUGUUGACCAGCAUAGAGAUUGUAAGUGCUAACAGUGCUGGUGCUGUUCAUUUAUUUUUAUCAGAAUGUUCAGGAGUUCUCAGUUCAGUCCAACUUCUAUUAAAAACUACAUUUAUAAGUCAUAACAAGCAAAGGACUCAUUGACUUUGGACAUUUUUUUCACUGAGCUGCUUGUAUAAAAUCCAUCUGUUAUGCAAAUCAUAACUUAAAAAACAUGUAUUGUGUAUCUUGUCAGAAAAAAAAGAUCCAAACCACUUCAAAACUUGCAAUGCAAAGUGCGCCAAGACCGAAGUUGGUGCUGGUUUUAGUCUUGCUUUAUUUAACCCACCAACAUUAGAUGAAAGGCAUGUAUGAAUAGAGGUUAAUGGCAAUAGGUUUUUAUUUAUUUAUUCUUUAGCUUUUACAGUAAAUCAUAUACUUCUACUAUGCUACAAAGUUCUAUUGUAUUUUGGAGAAUGGUUAAAUGUUAUGAGCCCUUG